CCGCGCUGAGGCUGAAGCUGUUUGUUGCUGCGCCGCCACCGCCCGAAUCAUGGUCCGCGCUCCACUCGGGGUCUCUUAGCAGCAGCCGCCGCCGCCGCCGCCCUGUGAUCGCCGGCUUCACUUCCUCCUUUUCUUCUUGCUGAGCCACUUUCUUCCUAGAGCUAUGACCGUCGUCUCCGUUCCCCAGCGGGAGCCACUUGUCCUGGGCGGCCGCCUUGCGUCUCUGGGCUUUUCCGCCCGCGGUUACUUCGGGGCCCUCCCGAUGGUGACCACGGCCCCGCCGCCUUUACCCCGGAUCCCGGACCCCCGGGCACUGCCCCCUACCCUUUUCCUCCCUCACUUCCUCGGGGGAGACGGUCCCUGUCUGACCCCGCAGCCUCGCGCCCCUGCACCUCUGUCCAACUGUAGUCUAGCUACGGCGGGAGGCACCCCUCGGGCAGCGCCAAAGAAGCGGCGAAAGAAGAGGGUUCGAGCCAGCCCGGCGGGGCAGCUGCCCAGCCGCUUCCAUCAGUACCAGCAGCACCGGCCGAGCCUCGAGGGCGGGCGGAACCCCGCGACGGGCCCGAGCGGAGCUCAGGAAGUCCCGGACCAGGCGGCCAAUUUGGCCCCAGGUCCUGCGGCCGCGACCCAAACUGAGGAAGCGAGCCCUUUCCCCGGCCAGCUGCCGCCCGCGGCGCCCGGCCAGCCCUUGUUCAGAAGAGAGGUUUUAAAAUCAAAGAUUGGAAAAUCGGAGAAAAUUGCCAUUCCCCACGGCCAGCUUGUUCAUGGUAUACACUUGUGUGAACAACCAAAGAUAAACAGACAGAAAAGCAAAUAUAACUUACCACUAACCAAGAUCACCUCUGCAAAAAGAAAUGAAAAUAACUUUUGGCAGGAUUCUGUUUCAUCUGAUUUACUCCAGAAGCAGGAAAAAAAGCCUUUUAAAAAUACUGAGAACAUUAAAAAUAUGCAUUUGAAGAAAUCAGCAUUUCUAACUGAAGUGAACCAAAAGGAAAAUUAUGCUGGGGCAAAGUUUAGUGAUCCACCUUCUCCUAGUGUUCUUCCAAAGCCUCCUAGUCACUGGAUGGGAAGCACUAUUGAAAAUUCCAACCAAAAUAGGGAGUUGAUGGCAGUACACUUAAAAACGCUCCUAAAAGUUCAAACUUAGAUCUCAGAUUGCAGUAUGUCUGUAAAACAGUUUUUUCAAAAUCCCUGGACUCUUGAAAAGAAAAUUGGUACAGAAAUGGAAAUUUGCCUUGUAACAUACAAGUGCAAAAGAGGAGUUAAAAAAAUUAUAAACAACUUGUAUUAUAUUUUAUAUUUUGUAAAUACUGUAUACCAUGUAUUAUGUGUAUAUUGUUCAUACUUGAGAGGUACAUUAUAGUUUUGUUAUGAAAGUAUGUAUUUUGCCCUACCAGUUGGUAGGUGUUUUGUAUAUAUACAAUGGAGAAAUUUUAAGUGUGCUAAGGCACAUGGAAGACCGAUUUAUUUGCACAAGGUAAUGAGAUUUUUUUUUAAAGAACAGCUAUCUUAUCUCAAGGUGAAGAUCUAAAUGUGAACAGUUUACUAAUGCACUACUGAAGUUUAAAUCCGUGGCACAAUCAUUGUAAACAUGGGGUUUGUCUGUGUUUCUCUAAAUUGAUUUCUGCCUUCUAAUCUGUAAUUACUGGAAAACUCCUGUUCCCAUUUUUACCAAACUUAAUUUCUGGUUUUUGGUUUAUCCAUUCAAAUUUAAAAUACCUCUAAUUUCAAUGCCAACAAAAUUGGUUGUAAUCAAAUUUUUAAAUAUAAUAAUAAUUUGGCCCCCCCUUUUAUACUA